GAGAGCAGCUGGGCGCGAUGCUGAAUUAGGCGCGCGCGGCCCGAGGGCGGGCAACGGUCCCCAUGGCGAGCAGCCGGAGCAUCGAGCUGGAGCACUUCGAGGAGCGGGACAAGAGGCAGCAGCGCGCCGGGCCGCGGCGCGGCGCAUCGGGCUCGAGCGGCGGCGUGGGGCCGCGGGGCAACGGGCUGAUCCCCAGCCCCGCGCACAGCGCCCACUGCAGCCUUUACCGCACGCGGACGCUGCAGGCGCUCAGCUCGGAGAAGAAAGCGCGCAAAGCUCGCUUCUACCGCAACGGGGACAAGUACUUCAAGGGCUUGGUGUAUGCCAUCUCCAGCGACCGCUUCCGCUCCUUCGACGCUCUCCUUGCCGAGCUCACCCGCUCCCUGUCGGACAACGUGAACCUGCCCCAGGGCGUCCGCACCAUCUACACCAUCGACGGCAGCAAGAAGCUCUCCAGCCUGGACGAGCUGCUGGAAGGUGAAAGUUAUGUUUGUGCAUCCAAUGAACCAUAUCGGAAAGUUGAUUAUACCAAGAAUGUCAAUCCAAACUGGUGUGUGAACAUAAGGACCGGGUCCACUCGAUCCCUGACAUCUUUGACAUCCACAAAGAGUGAAGUGAAGGAGAAUAAAGAUUUCAUUAAACCCAAACUGGUGACUGUUAUUAGGAGUGGAGUAAAGCCACGAAAAGCUGUAAGAAUUCUGCUGAAUAAGAAGACUGCUCACUCCUUUGAACAGGUCUUGACUGACAUCACAGAAGCCAUUAAGUUAGAUUCGGGUGUAGUCAAGAGGCUUUGUACACUGGAUGGAAAGCAGGUGACAUGCUUGCAGGACUUCUUUGGAGAUGAUGAUGUCUUCAUUGCAUGUGGACCUGAAAAAUACCGGUAUGCUCAGGAUGACUUCGUUUUGGAUCACAGUGAAUGCCGUGUUAUGAAAUCGUCUUACUCCCGAUCAUCUGGCAUGAGGUAUUCAGGGUCCAAAAGUCCAGGACCUUCACGUCGAAGCAAAUCACCCGCAUCAGUUAAGAAGGGUGGCCACUACUCCAGUGCUCAUUCUUCAGCAAAAUCCCCAGUUAAUGGAACACCAAGCAGUCAAUUAUCCACUCCAAAAUCUACAAAGUCCUCCAGUUCUUCACCAACAAGCCCAGGCAGCUUUCGUGGACUCAAGAUCCCUCCUCAUGGUGGAUCAUCGUCCAAUGUGAAUGGUGUACCUGAAUCACUCCAUUGCCAGAGUCCUGAAGGUGUGAAUGGAAACAAGUGUUCAGGGUCAUCCACCAUUCUUGAGAAGUAUAAAGUCGGAAAGGUGAUUGGUGAUGGCAAUUUUGCUGUUGUGAAGGAGUGCAUAGAACGAUCCACAGGAAAGGAGUUUGCACUGAAGAUUAUAGACAAGGCUAAAUGCUGCGGAAAGGAACACCUGAUUGAAAAUGAAGUGUCUAUUCUACGUCGAGUGAAGCAUCCAAAUAUCAUUAUGCUGAUAGAGGAAAUGGACACUCCAACAGAACUCUAUCUGGUGAUGGAGCUGGUCAAGUUGUCCAAAAACUUGAUGGUGCUAUUGUACACGUACAGAGAAAAAAUAUCUCUAAUUCCAUUUUACUGUCACCUUGUGAAUGGAGGAGAUCUGUUUGAUGCUAUCACUUCUUCUACAAAAUACACAGAGCGAGAUGGGAGUGCAAUGGUCUACAAUCUGGCCAGCGCGCUCAAGUACCUUCAUGGUCUCAACAUUGUGCACAGAGACAUCAAGCCAGAAAAUCUCCUGGUGUGUGAAUAUGCAGAUGGAACCAAAUCUUUGAAGCUAGGAGACUUUGGACUGGCAACUGUGGUUGAAGGACCUUUAUAUACCGUCUGUGGUACGCCCACAUAUGUGGCUCCAGAAAUCAUUGCAGAGACAGGAUACGGCUUAAAGGUGGAUAUUUGGGCCGCAGGUGUGAUCACAUACAUACUGUUAUGUGGAUUUCCACCUUUUCGCAGUGAAAACAACCUUCAGGAAGACCUUUUUGAUCAGAUACUUGUGGGGAAGCUGGAAUUUCCUUCACCCUACUGGGAUAAUAUCACUGAUUCAGCAAAGGAGUUAAUUAGCCUGAUGCUACAUGUGAAUACCGAAGCCCGAUAUACAGCAGCACAGAUCUUAAGCCAUCCCUGGGUGUCAGAUGACACUUCCCCAGAGAAUAAUAUGCAAGCUGAAGUAACAGGUAAACUGAAGCAGCACUUUAACAACACCCUACCCAAGCAAAAUAAUACAUCUGCUGGGGUUUCUGUCAUCAUGAACACAGCUCUAGAUAAAGAGAGUCAGAUUUUCUGCAGCAAGCGCUGUCAGAACUCCGGUGGAGCUGGAAUGGAGAAAACUUCUGCAAUUACUGCUGCAGCUGCUGAUCCACACGCAGCCGGGUCUGAGACCCUCCUCCCUGCUGCUUCUGAGCCAGUCAGAUCCCCCACGCUCCCCACCUCAGCGUCUCCUGAGUUUGCUGGGGAGCAGCCUGGUGUGUAGGACUGACUAAACCAAAUCCACCUGAACAUCCCUGUGCUCUUGCCACGGUUUCUCCUCAUUUCACAUGACAGUUUGUUUUCAGUUUUCUUGCACCCUCCUGUGGCGAGCCCAAAGCAGGCUCUGCCACAAGACACUGAACUUCAAAAGCGAGUGAGUAAAUGUGGUUUUUUUGAGUGCUCUUUGCCAUCAGCAGUAGGGAGAAAAGAUUCUGGUAAUGUUAGAUGAUUUUUAAGUUAUCUGUGUUAGUUUAAUUUCCUGCAUUCACACACUCUUGGGCUCUAAGUAGACUAACUUAAUGUGUAGCUAACCGCAAAGGCACCUGAGAUGAUGAAGGAUUGCCCAGCCUCACUUGUACAAGCGGGCCCCAUUGAGUUCUGAUGAGGGUUCUCAGAAAAGCAGGAGAGGAAGACAAGGAAAGACAAGUUCCAUUUACCUUCUACUCUGAUGCCUCUAUUUUUAGGCAAGUGUCUACCAAACUUGAAGAGGCAUAUUUUCACAAAAAAUAAAAAAAUAAUAAAAAAAAGUAGGGAACUAACUGUAAAAUACUGAGAGGCGAACACUGGAGAUACAGGAAAGGGUGGUCAUUUUUUUGCAUAAAGUUUGUUAUCAGACUUGCAGACUGCAGGGUAGUGUUUAGCUAAUUUGAAUUUUAAUAAAGGGACUUGGGAUGUAAACACAAGCGCUGGUCAUUUAUUUGUAAUGAAGACCAGAGUCAAGGAAGCCUUUUUGUUCUAGCCAUUUUCUAUCCUAAUCACAGAUAUCACACACUUCUCCAGUCAGUCUACCUGUUAGAUACAAUAAAAUGACUUUGGGCCUGCAAACAGAAUGCCUGCUGCAUGUUACCUAGCUAGGAUGGCCAGAGCAGUUUUUAGUUCUAGAGAGAGCUGACAGGAGCUACUCCAAGCAGCCGCCAUCAGUAGCUAGCAGCAGUGUGUCAGCACUAUUCCCCCCACUCACAUGGUGCAGGCACUGGAAACAUGGACUGGGGAGCAGACAUGCUUAAUCUGCAGUCACGGAUAGAGGAGGUUUUAUCUUUACCAUACUGCUUCGUUCAAUAUUGUAUGUAUUCAGCUUAUUCUUUUCCUUUGCUCGUUCUUUUCAAUUGGUCAUAGGUCAUUUUCUUUCUUAGCUAUACUUUCUACUAGAAUUGUAAACAAAGACCUGCAAUAAACUUUCUUCAUUAAAAAAAAAGAAAAACAACAAAAAA